AUGAUCCGGACUGUUAUACAAGGUGACAACGAGGACGAGAAGAGCAUCACCGAGACCGAAGAGGAGAAGACUCGCAACACUCUUGCCCCCAAAAACCCGUCAAACGCCAAAAGACUAAGACUUGCCGUGUUUUCGAGCAUGUCUCACCUCGCAAGGGCAAGAAGACUGACUACAAGAACCUGGAUGAUCCAUUCGUCAACAUGGAUAGUGCCCAGGAUGAGAAUCGAUGCUGCUAUCAAUAUUGAGGAGGCUGUCAAGGCAAUCGUGGAAGGUACCAUCUAUGAAACCAUAGAAGGCCGCUUCCGCAUCAUCAGGAAAGAAGUCAUGAUCCUUGGGGCCGAGAUUGACAUUAGAGACCGUCCUAAAGCUCCAGCAGAUUCGGUGAAAUAUCCAAAAUUCACUACCGCCGUGAAUUCGUUACCUAUGGAUAUCAACGCUAAGAACAGCAUGCAUAGAACAGGCAAAGUGGAUCUUGUGGCGCAGAAGAAGAUCAAGUUGGAAAAGAAGGCCGACGGCAAAGCCGAGGUGGACGGGAUCGGCGCUGAAGUGUUUAAAGCUGAAGCAGGGGGAGAGGGCAUUGAUCUGGAGCGUGACGAUGCUGCAUUCGAAGUGACGAUCCACCCACCUCAUCUACAACCGUUCAAUCACCAACAACGCCUAUCAAUCUCUCACUUCAAAAGGCCUAAAGGUCAAGAAUUAAUCGACUGGACUCCUGAAAAUGACGCAAAAUUAAUGCUCACCAUCCUCGUCGUCGAAAACGUGUAUCCCAACUGCGAGAAAGUCGCCGCAGCUUUCGGCGGUGCCGUCAACGCGAUGGCCAUCUCCAACUGCCUCAGUCGUCUGCGCAAGAAGGCUGCUGAUGACGGUCUCAUGUCUAAAGCAGGCGUCACGGUGCCUGCGAAGGGAUCUAAGGGCACUGCUGCCAGCAAGAAGGGAAAAGGGGGGGAAGAAGGGGGGAAUGGUCGCUGA